UAGGAGGAGAGCCGCCUUGUGCCGGGGGGGCCACAGCGUGGUGUAGAGAACGUGGCCCCGCCCCCCCGAGCGAAAACUUAAAAAUGCCGCCGCAGCGCAACCCGAAUCGAUAUCCGUCGGCUGAGUCACGUGGUUCGGCCUCGAGACGCUUCUACCAAUAAUAGCGUCGCACGGCCGACUUUGUCUCCGCCCUUACCCCCCGUUACGCCCCACGGCCCGGCUCGCGCGCGGCAUCCAACUUUGAACUGGAACGCAGUCCGCGACUGGAAGCGCACCCGUUCACUUCGGUGCCAUGUCGCUCAUCGCGUUCUACGAGUGACCGCACGAUACGCGCAAGGUUGAACUUGUUCGGUAGUACCACAUCCACGUGGAAGACAUUUACUGUCGCUCGGUGUUUCCGUUAUACUUUGGUGUUACGCGGCGUUACUCUUUCGGCCUUUCGUUCGCGCGUUUAUUUUCACUUUUGCCGUUUACUUAUUCCCUGAGCUUAAGUAACGAAGCCAACGAUAAAGCGAGCCUACGGGACUGAAGUGAUUUCCUUAUUGUUUCUCGUUCGCUGUGAAGGUGAAUAGGCAGGAGGGAUGUUUUAUUCCGUGUUCGGUUAGCGUGACGAGUUUGAAAAGGAUGACGCAUGGCCGUACAGAAAGGUGAACAGUCAGGAUGUUUACUAUCUGGUGAGAAUUUGUGACUAAUGGAAUAAAAUUGAAGAGAUCGAAGCCAGCAAGAGAGACAAGGAUUGUAGAAGUGAGGUGAACGGAGGUCAGAGUGUGAAUUCCUGUGGCUAGGAGAAUGAUCUUGAGUCUGGAUAUAUAUACUCGGUGUGGCUAGUUCGAUGCACGGCAGUGCGUGACGUGGAGUUUUGUGAACUGUCGACAGCGUAAUCGCCGAGGGCUAGAAAUUGGAGAAAAUCAAAGAACGAGGCCCGUGUAGGAAUAAAAGGUCUCGUUCCGAUGCGAAGGAAACGAUCCAAGUAUCGAUCUAGGAAGGACAAUCGGUGAGAGCGUGACCGCUCUCCACGGUCGUCCGGCGGGAGGUCAGAGGUGGAUAAAAUAAUUGGAAGAUCAGUGACGUCAGCGGGUCGCAGCAGUGCGGGGGUGGGGUGGGGUGGGGUGAGACGUAAAGUUCUCGAAGCCUCAAGGAGCCGUCAUCGUGGCCCGUCUAUUAUGCCCGGAAACCGUUGCGACGUCGCCUCGUGUACCUAGUGGUCGCCUCGACAUGGAGGAGAGUCAGCUGUUGAUGACGGAACUUCCGGCGCUGCCGUCAACACGCGGUACGACCCUGAUACAUCGACCAGGUCACUAUUACCACCUGCACCAGCCGCACCUGGCGAUAUCGACGCCGCACAGCCAAACCGUAGCUCACGUCCCAGCGAGCGCACCGCACUACUCGACAGGAGCUACGACCAACCUCUCGAGCUACAUACAGGGUAUAUCGCGGCACCUGCCGCCCUUGCCGAGGGGCGGCACGUCGCCGGCGAGCACCCACAUCUCCAGCCUCUAUCCGGAGAUCCUUGCUCUGAUCUUCAGCUACCUCGACGUGCGGGACAAGGGUCGCGCGGCACAGGUGUGCGCCGCGUGGAGGGACGCCGCGUAUCACAGGUCGGUCUGGCGGGGCGUCGAGGCGAGACUUCAUCUUCGCAAGCAGGCGCCGGCCCUGUUCGCCAGCCUGGUCAGACGGGGCGUCAAGAGGGUGCAGGUAUUGUCGCUCAGAAGAGGACUCGGGGACGUGAUAAAGGGCGUCCCGAACCUCGAGGCUCUCAACCUGUCCGGAUGCUACAACAUCACAGACUCCGGGCUCACGAAUGCCCUGUACCAGGAAUUCCCAUCGCUCACCGAACUGAAUCUGUCGCUCUGCAAGCAGGUGACCGACGCGUCCUUGGGCAGGAUAGCCCAGUAUCUGAAGAAUCUCGAGGUGCUCGAGCUGGGUGGCUGCUGCAACAUCACCAACACGGGGCUGCUGCUGAUCGCCUGGGGACUUCAGAAAUUGAAGAAACUCGACCUGAGGAGCUGCUGGCAUAUAUCGGAUCAGGGGAUCGCUCAUCUGGCCGGACUCAACCGGGAAACCGCCGACGGGAACCUCGCGCUGGAGCAUCUUGGACUUCAGGACUGUCAGAGGCUGAGCGACGAGGCCCUCAGGCACGUGUCCGCUGGCCUGUCGACGCUCAAGUCCAUCAACCUCUCGUUCUGCGUCUCCAUAACGGACUCAGGCCUGAAGCACCUGGCCAAGAUGCCAAGUCUGCGGGAACUGAACCUGAGGUCCUGCGACAACAUAUCGGACAUCGGGAUGGCCUACCUGGCGGAAGGCGGCAGCAGGAUAGCCUCGCUGGACGUUUCCUUCUGCGACAAAAUUGGCGAUCAGGCUCUGGUCCACGUCUCUCAGGGUCUGUUCAACCUGAAGUCCCUGUCGCUCUCCGCGUGCCAGGUCAGCGACGAGGGCAUCUGCAAGAUCGCCAAGACUCUUCAUGAUCUCGAGACCCUCAAUAUCGGGCAGUGCAGCAGACUCACCGACAAGGGUCUUCAUACCAUCGCCGAGAGCAUGAAACACCUCAAGUGCAUCGAUCUCUACGGAUGCACCAGGAUAACGACCAGCGGCCUCGAGAGGAUCAUGAAGCUACCCCAGCUGAGUAUACUGAACCUUGGAUUAUGGCACGUGCGGUGAUGGCAUUCUCCGAGAGACUCUAGUGUUUAAAGACGUUACUUUUCAAAUUCCUUUGUCCGAUUUCGGAGUGAACCAGGAAGGAGCGUGGUACCACGGAACCAGGAAGUGAGGUCGAGUUCUCGUUACUCUCGAUCCUAGUGAACCGAUUUCAAAUGGGGAACGUGUUCUUCGUGGUUGCCUGGGAGCUUUACGAAAAUAAUAUUAUCCUCGUCGAUCCAUCUCUUCGAUUCCUACGUAUUUCCGAUACCGGAUCCAGGAUCCUUCGUGCUUUUCCGUAUCGGAGAAAAAUAAUGGAUAAACCAAAAGACGCGCGUGAUCAUCGAUUCGACUGGUUGUAGUCGAUUGAUAUUAAAUCGAAUGUGUUUGCUAAGGACUUCCGGGAUCGUUAAUCAUCGGUCUUCUGGUUCCUGUCGGUGUUACUUCUGUUAUAGUUUUUGGUCUACGUUUGUUGGUUAUGUUUCUCAUUUCGCGAUACGAUUUUAUUAUUUUUUUUUAUUCCCGUGAACGUUUUUUUUUUCUGAAAUCACUUCCGGUUGCGCAUUGUGAUCCUUCAACGCGCACGUGCCAACCGGAUACACAUGGAUACGUACUACGAAGCAGCAUUCGUCGCACCAAAAGGAUCAAUCGUGCUUCUUCGUGGAAUUUUGAAAAAAUAUCAGAAGCUUCCACAGUGACGCUUCUUCGUGUUUCGACGAAUUUUAAAAAAAUAUAUCCAGGACGUGGAUAAUACGGAGGAAGACACGCACGGGGGAUACCAUGGACAGUAAACCGUGAACAUCGUGAACACUAUGGAUAUGUAGGACGAACCGAAUUGUAUUCGUAGAGCUUGUGGAGACUUUUUUCUUUAAUUAUAAUAAUCGAGGAAUUGACGACCGAGCCGAUUUCACGUGGUGAGAGGUACACACGUCCCCUUCCGAAGACGUAAUAACGCAUUACAACUAAAAGACGUAAAGUGAGUUAAUAUUAUUAUCAAAGUAACGUACCUCCUAAUAAACCAAUUAGUUUUGUACGAUAUCCGCGAGAGGCGCUGUGUCGCCGUGUUGGUUAAUGCGCAUGCGCGCCGCGAUAGGGAGUCUUUAAGUUUCUGUUUGUAAAUAACAUUUUGUUUCGCGAUUUAGAAGGACCAGAAGAGACGCUGUAAUUAAUUAAAUGACGUAACGAAUUGUCCGCGCGGCAUCCAUCCAUCCAUCCAUCCAACUGUCCAUCCAAAAUCCGUUAUAUCCACGAAUCCGUUAUAUCCAACGUGUCUCUACGAGUCUCUACGAUUGGACUUGUAUCUUAGGGCGAAUCGUAGCUUACACUUUUCUCGCCCUUCUUAUAACUCCCUUACCACAGUCUCCGUGAUCCGCGACGAGAGAAACAUAAAUUUGUAUCCUGUCGUUAACCGACGUCCCUGCGCGAUAUUCAAAUUUCACGAUAGCCGAUAAAAGCCGAGGGUUGCGGAAUCCUAAGAAAAAAAAUGUAUCACGGAUACGAAAGCGCGUAGAUUCGCACUCGUCGAGGAAAUUUAUUGUAUCUCAUUGCGACUAACUUACGCGCGUGCGCGGUGCUCGUUUCCCCGCGAAAAUUCAAAGACGACGAUUACCAAAAAAAUUUAAUUUUUUUUUUCUAAUCUUUGUUUCUUUUUUUUUCCCAUCAUAACAUUAUUUGGUUACUACGAGCGGGAAGUUUGUGAAAGAAAAUUUUUUUUAGUUGAACAAAAAAUUUGAAUAUUCUCG